AAAUCCAAAACGAAUACAACAACAGCAGGUGAAGCAAUCGUGUUACCUGCACCUCGGGGUUACUCAGCAGUUUUUUUUUUUUUUGUUUUAGCCACAAAGUAACAUUCAUAUUCGUAAUGCGUGGCCCACGGGGCUUGUUUUGCUCCCAUCUCUGUAUCUCUGGGUCGCUAUUUCGGCAGACUUCGAGUCUUCAAUCUUUCGCUAGCUGUGUUCGUCGACGGUUGGGUCUAUUGACAAUCAUGGACAACUGCAAGCCAUUUGUGGGAGGCUGGAAAACUAAACUAAAAUGUGUGAAGUUUCUAAUGUUGUUACUAGUAUGUGCUCAGUGGGAGGCAAAGAAUUGUGCUUCAGCCUCAUAUGCACCUGGCACCGUACUGGACAUCCAACUGGGAGAUGUGGUGAUUGAGCAAUUCAGCUAUAUACCAACGCGCGGAGGCUACGAGUUUGGUUACACUUUACCCAAUGGCACACAUCGCGAUGAGGUGGGAGAGUUGCUUCAUGACAGAUCAGCCAAUGAGGACGUGCAAAAUGCAAAUAACUUUGAUCGCAAUGCUCGACCCUCGCGUCGUCCGGGCCUUAAAAAUCGUAAACUCUCACCAAAAUCCCUUUCUUCGUUGGCUGGUUGAUCCUCAGUUUAAUCGAUUGUACUAUAACAUAUUUAAAGACAUUUACUGGAAAUCCUCGAAUUUUGCUUAACGCCUCAACCUAAUAGGAAUGAACGUAUGCUAAGUAUAGGUUAAGAUUUUAUGUUAUACCAUUUCAAAAUGAUUUAAUAAUGUUACUCAACAAUAAAUACCAUCA